AUGACCAUUAAUCUCCUCCGCAUCCUUAGCUCGACCAUCCAUGCCGUCCUCUGCGUCGUCCUUCUCUGCCUUACUCUCCUUACGCCGGGGGAUUUUAUCUACCAAUGCUACAAAAACCACCGGCUAACCAACAUCUUCAUCGUCACGGGCGCGUAUAUUAUCACCGUGGCACUGGCGCUUUUCUUCUACGCGAGUCGCAUCUAUACCAAUCGCACGGCCCUGGGCGGCAUCCCGAAGGCAUGGAUACCGGUCGAGAAGGGGGACGUGGACAAGACUGUGCGACGGCUGGUGGUGGAGGGUCUUGCUCGGAGCGCGAUCAUCGCAUACCAGGCACGCCCGAGGGACUUGUCGGACGAAGCACAUGAGCCUGUACAUGAUAAGACGCUCUCGGUGAACCGCGACCGGCCUCCUUGGGGCGUGAUCUCCCACCCUGGCUGGUCUUCUCCUGCGUCUCCGGAUCUCCCUGACUUGCAAUACCAGUCGGUGAUCCGAGAACUGCCUCACCUGAUUGAGGCCAAGGCGGUCUCACUCGCACCGCCCGAUCCGGUCUUCUCCCAAUCGAAUGGUCUCUUGGACCCCUUUGGUCCCCAUUCCCCGGAAGAACAACAGUCGAUUCCCGACCCGCGCGUGGUGGAGAUCCUGCAGCGGCCUGCAACGAUGGGUUUACGGGAGUACAUCGGGCAUCUGACGGCGCUGAAUCUGAUCAACCCGCCAGAGCUGGGGACCGACUUCCUCGCAAUCUACGAGCGGGCCCGAUUCUCUGCACAUCCGUUGCAUGAAGAUGAAUUCCGGACGUUGAUGGGCAUCUUUGCGGGAAUCCUCCGGGGUAUGAAGGCUGUCGACCCACAACUGCUGCAGGAAAUCCGUGGAGAUAGUUCUCGCGCGGACAGCGAAUCGUUUAUCGGUCCGUCUGACGAGGAAGGCGAAACGGAUACUGUGGAUACCGAGGGAGUUGGUGAGCCUCUCGCUCGAGGUCGGAGCAACAAUUCAUGGGGGAGUAGCCUGCGGUCUGUUCGCACCGCGCCCAUGGUGCAGAGCAACAGCUCACCGUCUCUGUCGAGGACCACCGAACGCCGCGCGUUGGGGGUUCGCCAGAGUCCGUCGAUGAAUUCGCUCCAACGGGUGCGGUCGACUAAUUCGAGGAGUUCGAGUGGUAGUGUUAUUCGCCUUGCGGAGGCGCGCAACCCUUUGGAUCUGCCUUAUACUAUAGACCUUCCGGGGAAGAGGAAGCGGUAG